GAGGCGGGCCCGGCCGGGCUCCUUGGUGGGGCCUCGUCGCCUGAGCUCUGUGGCGGCACCGCGAGGGAGGGGCGGGCGGAGGGAGACGCUUCGGGCCUGGAGCGGGUGGGUGGCGGUGCGAAGUGCGUGAGGCGAAAGGGGGCUGAGGGGAGGUGAGAGCCCGGGCUCCGUCCCCAGCCCCCCCCCGCUCCCCUUGCCUCCUUUCCAGAACCUGCUUGCAUGGGGCCUUGCAACUGCUCGCCAGGAUCUCGGGUUCGGGCGAGCGAGCGAGCAGGCCUCGCUGGGGCUCCGGUAGCCCUCCGAGCCCUUCGUAGGUCACGAAAGCCAAAGGCAAAGGAGACAAGAUAUAGGCAAACAAAGGAGGAAGGGGACUAUGGGGGGAACGGGCAGGCGGGCGUCGGGGGCGGGCAGAUCUCCCCCGGGAGGCUUCCCAACCCCCCCUUCCCCUCUUCUUCCAAGGUGGCCUCCUUAAAAAUAAAAAAAGGAGAAGAGAGCCUGGCAGACAAAGGGACUUGCAGGGAUGACCGAUCUACAGAAAUGCACAUUCCGAAACCUUUGGCCCACAGUGAUUUCUUCCUCUCCCCUCUUUGCAGUUUUUAUAACCUUGAGGGCUGUUGUUUUUAAAAAAUAAGAAGUCACAUAGGCUUCAGUGUCACAGAUACUUGACACUGGGACAGUCAUGACUACAAAGGAUGACCCCUUGCCAUCAGCCCCCUUGAACUACCGAACCCUGCGAUUGACAGCCUGAUUCAGAAGUGGCCAGCCCCAACUCUGGUUGCUUCCUUUUCCAGCAAGGGAUCCCUAGGAUUCCUGAAGACAGCCGGGCAAACAUUAGAGACAAAGGGAUUGACAGAUCCCUAUGAACAGGCAUCCUCAACACCUAACAGGCAAUUCUGUCCUGCUCUGAAUGUUGCAUUUUGAUAUAGAUGGGUAGGUAAAUCUCCUGCAGGACUUUUCCCCUUUUUCAGAAUUGUUGCCGCAAGAGUAUGUCUCACAGAGACCCACAUGCCCUGAAUCUGAAGAGCCUGUAAAUAGAUAUGCAGAACAGAGAUAUCUAGCUUCUUUUUCCUGUUCAGCAGGGGACUCCAGUCUCCUUAGAGACAGACUGUCAGAAACAUAGAUUAAGGCUGCAGGCUUGUGCACACUUACAUGGGAGUAAAUGCCAGUAAUGUCAGUGGAAUUUAUUUCUGAGUAAGUAGAGCAUCAGGCUGCACAAGACUGUCAGAACGUGAAAUGCAUCAGUUUCCAGAUGCAGAGCAAUGUUAAACCUUCCUUCCCUCUCUUCCAGUAUAAGCCCAAAUACAUUUCUUUUUCAGGUACUGAAUUACAGAACUGAGACAUGCACAAACAAACGGGGGCUGUCUACUUCCUACAACUACUGUUUGGAUACAUAACUUAGCCUAGCUCAUACUCCUAUGUGAUAAGGAUUUUGCAACAUACUGUUAGGGUUCAUUUAUUUGUAAAUAGUUGUAUAUUAAGGUACAUACCUUGUCAUAAGCAGAGCAUUGCUAAGUGGGCACCAAGGGGUAUUUACUAAGAGUCAAGCUCAGCAUGAAUAGGAAGAUAAAACCAGGGUGCCAUUAUGGACCCAGAAAUAUACUUCUAAGCUACAGAAAUACUUGAACAUCAUCUACACACUUACUGCUUCUUCUAGCAUUGUGUGUUUCUCCUUGGGAGUUCAUUUGGAAUGAUUUCAGUAGAGAUACAUGAAUGGAAGAUCUUGCAUUGGAAUUGGUCACCACUAUGAAUUUCUGAGGAAAAGUUUGACAGCAGUAGUUUCUGGCUAUCUGUCUAGAGAUUGUCUCUAAAAAUCUGUGUGAUUGAACAAUUCCAAAACAGAGGUUUAUAUAUUUAUUCCUGUAUGGGAAUAAUUUCAAAGUGCUCUCAUAAAUUGAAAAUGGCCAUCUUGGUUGUUGUUAAAACUUAGCCCAAAUACCUUUGCUUUCCUUCAGAAAUGGUUGUGGAAAGGUCAGAAACAUUCAGAUCCAGACUGAAAUGGUGGCCUACAUAAAUAUAAUUGUAAUCCAAUAUCUGAAAGCAGUAUUGCCAGAUCUGUGGCUAUCUGCUACCUACCAUUAUUGAAUCCACUAUCCCAUUCCCUCUUUAGUCUGGUUACACUCCAUGUAAACAAUAUUUUGGAGUAAGUGCUUGUGGGGCAUGAGAGAGAUCAUCAAAGCUUUCCAUUUACAAGUUGAGACACUUAUACUGUAGCAAAACUACAGGGAACCAGGCAGAGGGCUUUUUCGGUAGUGGCGCCCGCCCUGUGGAACGCCCUCCCAUCGGAGGUCAAGGAGAUAAACAACUACCUGACAUUUAGAAAACACCUAAAUGCAGCCCUGUUUAGGGAAGUUUUUAAUCUGUGAUAUUUUAAUGUAUUUUGGUAUUUGCUGGAAGCCGCCCAGAGUGGUGGGGAAAACCCAGCCAGAUGGGCGGGGUAUAAAUAAUAAUAAUAAUAAUUAGAUUGUAUUCAUUUUCAACAUCACAAUGGGGCUAAAAUAUGUGAAUGCAAUAGAUAGUUCUGUUUCAAGACAAUUUUUGUGAGGCCUUGUUCUGUGUCAUUUUUGGAAGAUUGGGGUCCAGUUGUGUAGGAUGACAUUCCACCAUGUUUUUCAUAAGUGUCUACAAAAAAGAGAGAGCCCCUUAUAGAGUUUUAAAGGUACAACAUCCUUUCUGUUGGUUAUAUUUGUUAUGUGACUAGUAUUUUCUAGGUUAACUAUUGUUAAUAGUUUGAAGAAUCUUGGUCUUUUUAGAUUUUAAUCUUCAAUAACAAUUGCUUUUUGUGGGCCAGAUAGAUGUUGAACUGCCAGGAGUGAUUUGGGAAAAGGCUUUCUUCCUUUCCAGAAUAGAGAGUUGGGAGAGCUUAUUUUUUACACAAAUAUUGGCUGCGGUUCUGCCAGUUAUCCACAAAUAGGUUCCUUGGACUUCAGUGGGACUUGCAGAUGUGCAACAUUGUGCAGGGUUGUAGCCUUAAUAUUUACUUAACUUUGACAAGGGUUCAUUCAGGCUAGGGCUUCUAUUAAAAUCUGUAUGCAGAACUACCGUAGUUUGCCAAUAUUGAACAAACACUUGUGGCUGGCUAUUUAUUAUAACACAUCUUGCCCUGAAUGUGAAAAUGUGAGGCAGUGCUUUUGUUUGUUUUUGUUAAACAUAGUUUUUGUCUUUACAAAAAACUGGGGUUUUAGCCUGUGACCCUAUAUGAUAGAUAACCCUUGAAAAGAUAGAGGACUAUGUCCAAUGUUGGUCCUAUUCAGAGUAAACCCUUGGAUUGACACUGCUAACUUAGGUCCAUUAACUUCAGUGGGUGUACUCUUAAAUAUAAUGUACUUGGAUACAGUCCAAAGUAACACGUUUUUGAUAAAUUAUAUACAUUUAAACUCAUAACUCUUCAAGUCAUGUCUAAGUGAUUAGAGGAACAAUUAGAUAAUGUAAUUACUACUAAAGUUACUACUAAAGAAGAAAACCCCAACUACAAAUGUAGAGUUGGAAUGUAAUUUCUUUCUUUCACAAAAGCAUUCUCUAAUUUAAGAUCAGCUGCAAACCUUUCAGAAGACAGGUCUCCCCCCCCCCCAAUAUCAGCCAGCAGUGGUAAUGCUAGGGUUCCAUUUUGGGGGGUAUAAGCAUCUAAUCAUUAUUUAGAAUCCAGUCAAAGCCUGCAAGGGUUGAAAGUUAAUAUUUAGACUAUUACUUAAAGAGUAUCCUGCACACCAUUGAGUAAAGAAAAAGUAUGAGGUGAUUUCCAUUGUGACAAAAGCGGUUCAUUCCUUCUUCUUUUCCCACCUUGAAAGCACCUGCACUCUGCAAUAUGCUCAGGGGGGUUCCCCAACUCACAAGAGUGUAUUUGCAAGGUGUACAAGGAGUUGCGGGGUGUGUGUGUGUCAUACUGAAUGUUGACAUCAUUGGAUGUUCACCAUGACCCCUCUACUGAGAAACCAUAUGGAAAGUCAUAGGCAUGUAACAGGAUGUGAAAAUACUACCUACCCUUCAACAGGUGCAUCGAAAAAAUGGUUUGAGACAGGUAUGUUGGAUGAUGAAAGGGAACGCUAUGCAUUUUUGAAACAGGAAUAGUGCCACUAAAACUUUAGCUUGCAAAGGGUGACGUUGUGCAAUUUGGAAACUGCUCAGUCGACUCGGUUUGAAGAGAUUAUACUUUAUUAGGGUCAAAGAGUGCCAUUACCUUUCAAAAUCUGAAUGAAGGGGAUCAGUGUAAAAUCGGCAUCUUAGCUAUUUUAUCAUUCUCUCUAUUUGAGAUUGUCAAUAAAGCAGUACAUUAUAUCCUGUUUAACAUGAAAACCUAACUCUAGGUUCAAAGCAAGUAAACAGCCCCCAGCCAUUUAAGAGAAUUGAUAUCAUUCAUUGCUCAUCAUUAUAGGUGUAUAUACACAUAUUUCAACAAAGCUAAGAGCUAACAUAACUCUCCAAAAUACAUAAUGAGUGGAUGCCACAUUUUCCUAAAAUGAUUAUUUUCUGGUAGACUAGCUUAAUUUGAAAUGUCUUUUUUUCAAUAUAAGAAUCUCCCACACUUCUAAGAGCCAUUGUUGCCUUGUGGGUUGCCUGGGAUCCUUAAGUUGUCAGGCCAUCAAGAAUUUGGUUACAGCAAAUAAAGCAACUAAAAGUUGCUAGGCCUUGUUAUACCAACUAUAUUAUUAAAUAGAUCACAUAUCACUCUCACAGGGUUGUGUUUGUUUUUUUAAAGUCAUUAUACCACACUAGUGCAAUAUUUUAUUUUUUGAGCAGUUUCACAUUUGCACUGAUUUUUUAAUUUUGCAAAGCAUUGCAUUUGGCCAGUUUCAAUGAAAACGUUAUCAACCUGUGUUGCUAACUUGUGGGCUGUAUGCAGGCUCCCAAUAGGGUUUUUUGACCUUCCCAUAAUUUGCAGUUUAAUUUUUUUAACCUCUCCUGUGUGGAUCCUUGCUGUGAUGUGUCAAAAGGUUUAUUGUGGUCCUCCAAAGUUAACAUUUUUUAAAAAAAAAAAAUUCCCCAAAACCUGUUUUAAACUGACUGCUCCUGUGAUACUGUAAUGCCAGAAGGUUUCAUGACCUCUCAAAAAUUUGUUCCAAAUCCCCCCAUCACUCCCACAGCCUCCAUGCUGUGAUUGCAUGUACUGUAUUAAAAGUUUUUUUUUUCUGACUCCCAGGAACCUCUGGAAGGUGUCCUUAAAAAGGAGGGAGGUUCACUUCCUUUUACAUUUCACUCACACCCACUUUUUCACUUUGGCCACAUCCACUUUGACAUUUGGUCUCCAUGGGUUAGUGUGGCCCUCAGCCUAAAAAAUGGUUAAACACUCUGGUUAACAACAUGAUUUUUGCCUUUUUUUUAAAAAAUGUAACAUAUACGGUAGUUUAAUUUUCCUUGGAUGAUACUUGUUUUUAAAAGAUACCACAAACAAUGCACCUAGGCUGCUAAUAAUAAAAUUGGCAUAUAGUGACAAAAGUACUCUUUAAACAUUAGAAUUGCAGAAUUUGAUGUGAUGGAAGAUAGUAAUUUUGGUAAAAUGUAGGACCACCACCCAUUCAUCAGCAACCUGAGGACCCCAUCAGUCCAGGUGGAAGUACAGUAUUUUGUAGAGACCAUGUUGUAGAACCGCUGAUUCCACAUGACUCAAGCAAGAAACCCAAGUCAACUUAAUGAUGAGAACUUUGGAAGUACAGGUAUUAAAUAUCCUGGCCCUCCUUUCUUUUUGUUAGUCAAGGCAAUCAGACUUUCUAAUGGGUGCUUACCUGCUUUAAAGGUGUUGCACCCAACUUUUAUAUAAAAGACCAAAUACACAAAUAGUAUCUGUGUGGGAGAAACCCACUUAUCCUUAAAAUAGCGAAUAAGCUCACAGAAGAGUGAUUAGAACACCAAAGAUACACACUUUUCUCAAAGCAUCUACUCCAUCUGUAGUCUUUUGGCUGUUAUCCAACAGAGAAAGUCUUAUAAAAUGUAUGAUCUUACUGGAAGUCCCUGCCCAGAUCAUUAGUGCUGUUAUUUGUCUUGGUUGUUAUUUAUUUGAGUUAAUGCCGCAACCUAUGAAAUCUGAAGAGGUUUACAAAAGUGAAACACGACAGGCAAGCUGGAGGCUUCAGUGGGACUUUGCACCUGAUCAAAUGAGCUGUUCUUUGAGCACGGUAGCUUACACAAUUGUUUCCAGUGCAACUGCCCAAUUGACCCCUGACUUGCUGCUGUUGUUCCUUUACCAGUGCUCCACUUGCCGUUCCUGCACAGGGGAUACCCAGCGUUGCAGCAGUGGAUGUGUCGGGGCUUCCUGUUUCUCUCCUCCCCAAAAUAUCCAUUCAGUCUGCCCCAGAGAAAAUUUGGGGUGUGUGUGGGGAGCUGCAGGGGAGAGUAGAGGAGGAGGGGAGCCCCAUUAUGCAAACAGAAGUUGGUUGUUCAAGCAGACACCUUGGGUGCUAUCCCAUGAUUAUGAUACAGGAAUUAAUGUGCACAAGUUUCUGAAAUGGGAUUAUUGCAUGCAUCUAUAUUGGAAUUGCUUUUAGAUGUUUCAGUUGUUUUUGUUUGUUUGUGUGUUUACUGUCCUGGCCCUUUUUGGGAGGAAGGAUGGCUAUAAAUUUAAUUAAUAAUAAUAAGAAGAACAACUGUCAGAUGAGUAUGGAGUCCUUGCUUUAAAUUCUAGUCAAUGGAUUAGCCCAUUUUGGUUGGCCCAUGGUCAAAUGUCCCCUUAAGGCAAAAAUGCCCAGUGCAGUUGGUAAUUUAACUGUCUGUUGGAUUGCGAUGUCAUUGGGUAGAAAAAGCAGGGCUGAAUACUCCUCAUCCCAUUCUCCUUGCACAUAGCAUUAAGUAAGCCAGUUUUAAAUCAAUAGCACAACAUGAACGAAGAGAAGUAAUAAUGUUGGAAACAUUACAGCACAGUUAGCCAACAUGGUGCCCUCCAGACGUUUGUUUAAUUUAUCAAGAAAAAAAAUCUUUAAUUGCUUUAUAUUGAAAAUGAUUCAAAGAAAAAAAACAUAUUAACAAUCAAAAAGAGAAAUUUAAAAAUCCUUUUUGUGUGUGGAUUUCAUAGUCCCUAUUUCACCAAAUAGUGUGACCAGUAGUCAGGGGUGAUGGGAAUUGUAAUUCAGCAACAUCUGGAGGGUACUCUGCUGGCUAGCUCUGCAUUACAGAUUUAACACAUGCAAAUCUGCAGAGCUCCAGACUUUUUGUGGCAGAAUACAAGCUAUGAUAUUGUGGUUCCAUCGCUCAGCUCUGAAUGGCUGCAUCUAAACAUUUGAAAGACACUGAUCUUGUUGAGCUUUCUGCUUCACUAACGCUAUGGAGUUAAAUGGCAUUGCUUCAGUCUUCAAAUUUGCUUGUAUGCUACAGGAGAAAUUCUCCAAGUGGCAGCUCAAUUCUUAUUGCUGUGAUAGCAAAGUUUUGUGCCAUAAAACCUGUGGUGUCAUGCAGAGCAGAGCAAGGGAACAGUCCUCUGCUUCGAGUUCCUUGUUGGCACAAGGAUGUACCAGUGUUAGGAAAUGUCUUUGAAGGGACCUCUCUUCCCAUCUGGAAAACCUCAUUGCACAGUGCUUCUGUGAUGUGAAGGGGAUUUUCUCCUCUGCUUGAGUGGUAAUGCCAAUGGCUUUUAGUGCUUUUCCAGAGUGCGAGCCUAGCUCCUGGUUAGCAAGUGGAACUAGCAUUCACUCUUCUAUCCAGUUGCCUCUACACGCAGAGUAUCAGACUCCUAGAAGCAUCAGUGAUCUCAUUCUCUUUGGCAGUUACACUUUUGUUGAAACGGAACAUAGCAUAUUACCUCUAAAGCUUCCUGUACCUUACAAACUCAGUCUCACUUUCACGUGUACCAUUCCAAUCUUUAAGAUGCGCAUCUGCCAAGUUGACACAAAAGGACACUAAGAUUAUCUUAGUGGCUGCCCCAAUAUGGUGAUACUCUUCUCCUUAGAGGCUCACAAGAUUUCAAGUCUUCAGCAUUUUCCUUACUUAGUCUGACUUUCAUUUCCCUAAGUCAAAAAGAUAUGGGGCAGUAGUGGCUUUUUCUAUUUAGUGUUUCAUUAUUCCCAAGCUUUCAAAAGGCAGGUUUGAAAUGGAAAUAAAUAAAUUAAUAAUAUUUAUACAGUUUAAUGUAGUAUAAAUAUGCUAAACUAACAAGUAACAGUUGCAAUUUAUGACUGUUUCUGAAGAAUUACCUCUGUCCAUUUGCCUUUCUUGCUUUACAUUUCAAGUGAUUUAAUUCUAUGGAAAUCAGUAGGAGCAAAUCAAUUUAAAACAUACUGUCAUGGUUUAAUGAGGAUAUAUUUUGGUAUAAAACCAAGUUCUCUGUAAGUUCUCUAUUUAUCAUGACAUUAUUCUUUAAUUGAGCAACAUACCUUUUUAAUACAGGUCUUUAAACCAUGGACUGGCCAACUUUAAGAGGUGGCAGAGGCCACCCACCUGUCAGUUUCCUGAUAUCAUAAUGAUAUCAGUUCACUGAUAUCUCUUAAAGUUCAAAGGAGGUUGCUGCUACCUCUGAUCAGCUGAUGGGAAGUUAGAGGGAACCCCUGUGGAGUCUCUGCAGAAGUGGAAAUGCUCCUAAGAUAACAUAGUACUGUAUAGGAAUUUUACUGACAUACUUUUGAAAAAUCUUACAUUUAAUAGAAGAACUUUCUUACUCUUUUAUUACAGUGCUUUUUUUUUAAGAUCAAGAAAAUUGACUGGAAGAUAUUCUUGCCUGUAAUUUUGUGCACUUGAAGCUCAGUGUAUACAGAGCUUGAUCAUUCUCUUGAAUCUUCUUCUUCUUUGGUGAUCACUCAUAACCAAGUAAGAUUGUCUUCGAUGAACAUAGUCUUAACAGUGAGUCCGUGACUGACUGUGGAGGCCAAUUCUGGAUCCAUACGUCCUUUCACAGUGGGGAAGAAGAAGAAGACUGCUUUGUCCAGCUUUCAGUAGAACACCUUGAGGCAUGUUCUACAGAAAAUAUCUGAUACCAUUUUUAUUAGGGAACAUAAAAAUAUAGACUCAGCCCCACAGCACUAUUGCUGCCAUUGGUGGCCUGAUUUACCAAUAAAAAUAGUUCCAUUGAUAUCCAAAGAACUACUAUUACCUAUUGUAGCAAAUAAAGUAUCUAUUUGAAUGAAGGAUUCUAGUGCUGAAUACUUUCUCAUCAUUGCUGCACAAAAUGCUUUCUCAUCAGUGCUGCAUCAAUAACUGAACACUUUACAUAUGGCAAUAUUACUUUACUGAUAUUUUUGAUGUAAUCAGAAAUGUUAAAUACUGUAGAAGGGAUUAUAGCUUCAGAUAGAGAUUCCCAAUAACCUAUUAGGCAUAUUACUGCUGCAUAUUAUUGGAGGAAAGGGAGAGAAAAAAAACCAGGCUGGUAUACCUCUGGGUAUAGGGCGGUAUAUAAAUUCUAAUAACAAUAACAAUAAAAUAAAGUAGUAAUGAGUAAAACAUACAAACAAAUACUGUAUUUGUUUGUUAAUUAUACUUUCCAAGUGUUGUUUGGAAAAAAAACAAACAUAUGCAUUUAUGUUUUGGCCAGUAGGAAUGAUUGUAAUAUGAGAAAAUUUUCCUGCCUGCUAUUAACUCUUUUGGGUUUUUGAACAAGACAGGGAGUUAUGUCCCGGCUCAGAGCAGAAGAUUUUAUACUUGAGCAGUACGUUUACCAUUGCUGUGAAAGGCUAUACAACUGCAUUCACUUGCAAAAGAUGUGAACAGGCUUUUUGCAUGAAAGACAAGACCAGACCAGUGCUUUUUUUCUGGGGGUACUCAAGGGUAUGCAGUACUGGCAGCUUCCCCCCCAAAACGUUAAAAGUAUGGCACUUACUGUAACAACUUCAUGGUGAGUACCAACACCUCCCCCCCUUUAUUUAAAAAGGCACUGGACAAAUCUAGAGUAGUAAUGUGUACUGAUGCAUUUAGAUUCUGUGGCUGAGGCAGAGGUUUUUGUUAUAUGUGGUGGAUACGGCAGUAUCAUAAGCAAUUAUUGAUAUGACGCUACAUAUUUUCAUCCAGCACUGGAUAAUGACGCAUUUACAUGACUAUAUAUGCAGCUGUCUUAUGCAGAGUCAGACCAUUAGGGCAUCUUGUCUUCUUGUUGUUGUUGUUUAGUCGUAUCCCCAUGUCCUUCAUGACCCCAUGGACCAGAGCACGCCGGGCACUCCUGUCUUCCACUGCCUCCCGCAGUUUGGUCAAACUCAUGUUGGUAGCCUCGAGAACACUGUCCAACCAUCUCAUCCUCUGUCAUCCCCUGCUCCUUGUGCCCUUAAUCUUUCACAACAUCAGGGUAUUUUCCAGAGAGUCCUCUUCUUUUCCCAUGAGGUGGCCAAAGUAUUGGAGCCUCAGCUUCAGGAUCUGUCCUUCCAGUGAACACUCAGGGCUGAUUUCCUUCAGAAUGGAGGCAUCUUGCCUAGCAGCGCCAAACCUUCAGAAAAAUCUCACAUUCUCAAAACUGGGUGAUGAGGAUCACAUGACGAUAUGAAACGACCUUAUAAGAAGUCCAACUGUUUCAUCAUCUUGCCCUGUGGUAUAUAUUCUGUCCGACAACAGCUCUUCAAGGUUGCACGCUGAGACUUUUCCCAGCCAAGAUACAUUUUUAACAGAUAAUGACUGAGCCUGGGACCUUCUCCCUGCAAGACUUGUGCUGCUAUUGCUGAGCUAUGAUAGCUCUGUGAUUCUUAAAACCUUGUCAGAUAAGUGGCCUGCUAUAUUGUUUCACUGUACUGGCAGACUAGCUGACAAUGUUUCUGUUUGGGGCUAUUAUUAAUCUGAACGUUACUUUUAUAGAAUCAGAUCUAGUGGUAAAGAAUUAUUUAUUGCCUUGCAACCUAAUUUGUUGCUUUGUAGAUCUUUGCCCAAACUGGAACAGGACAGGCAGGUUUCCUUUGCGUUGUUUGGUACUCUGGUUACCAGUUUGGUCUGAAGUGUUUGGUCCUUCAACCAUUCAUAAUAACAAGCUGAGGAAAUACACAUACAAAACCUGCAUAUUCACAUUGAAUCUAGGACUGGGUGAUGAGAGCCAUCUUGCCCUGCGGUAUAUAUGUGUGUCUGAAUUGCUUUUAAUUAUGUAUCUGAUUUAUACAUAAGAUAAUUUCUAGCUCAUUCUUCCUCAUAUGAUCACAAGGUAGGUCACAAUAAAAUAACACUUCGAUGAAACCAAUUCACAUUUUAAAAGCAGAGAAAAAUACAGCAUGUCUUAAGAAACACCCAGAGAGGCACCACUUGGGCUCCUCACUUUCAAUGACAAUUCCCUAAUGGGUUGUAUCCAAUUGUGCCCCUCUGCUGAUUGAAGGCUCUUUGUUCCAGUGGAGCUGCUAAGAGCUGAUUUGCCACUCUCCGUAUCCCUUGCCCUCUGCUGGAAUACUACAGGAGAAAGGGGGGAAAUUCUAAAAUCACUUGCUCUCAUGGAAUCUCUGCUGGAUCAAGGAGCCCUCCAUCAACAGAGGGACAAAAUGGGACACAACCUUAUGUCUAAAUAGGUCAAGGGCCAAUGAUUAUGCUUCAGCACCAUAAAUCCUUUUCUUUGAUGUUUUCAGUUCCAUGGUUGUACAAAAUAUCAAUUUCUCCUGGUACUUCCUGCUUCUUUUCCUUUUGUAGAAUCAUCAACAUGAUCUUAAAUGGAUACUGUACUGGAAAAUCUUUAGAUAUGUGACUAUCACAACACUCAUAUAUCUGUAGUUUUUGACUUGAUUCUAAUACAGUAGUUUUUAUAUUUUCCAUAAAUAGCCAGAAUUCAUUGUAAAAAAUGGUGUGAGAUGCAUUGCAACUAGAUACAGUGCAGUAGAGUUGAUAAAUGUAGCAUAGCUUGAAACUAUGCAAGCACCAUGGGUCAAUUUGCAGGCAGCAGCAUGACUAUUCCUCUGCAAGGACAGGAAAAAACCUGUUCAUUGCAUUUUCCACAAGUUUUUUGAUAUUUGUUAUAGUAAGGAAAAUAUAUCAAAUUGGAUUCCAUACUUUCUACUACCUAUCAAGACAUAGCAAAACAUACUGUGCUGUUUUUUUUAAGUAUGUAACUAUUCUGUUUGUGAGACUGAUAUAGGAUUUAAAGAAUUUUGGACAGUUGCUGAAUUUUUGAGCAUGCAUAUUCUUUAAAAAAUUGUGAUAAUAUUUUUAGAAAAUAAUAAACUGCAGGAUUACUUAAGUAAGUUAUAUAUAGUUUUUGAGAAGAAGGGAGAAGUCUUCUUUUAAGAGCCAGUAUUUUGUUCCAGGGAGUAUAUUAACGUACCCGAGCUAGUACAUGGUGUAUAAUAUCAUGCAUUUUGUCAAGGGUCAGUUUGUUUUGGAAACACUUCCUUUUGUAGAUACAAUCCAAUUUUCCGGCUGACCUAUUGCAGAAUUCCUUUAUUUUUGAAGUUUCAGUGAAAUGUCUCUUUAAACAAAGCUGUUUUUUUCUUAUCUAAAUAAUUUGCCUAUCACUUUGUUAAAGGUGCCUUCAUCUAUCUUUAUCUUUCGUCUCUUAAAUAUAUAAAUAAAUUUGAGGGGCCCACAAUAAUGUUGUUGUUGUUGUUGUUUUUUAAAAAAUCAAUUCCAGUUUGAUUUGUGUGGUCUUGCCUUUGCCAUCUGAAUGUGCCUCUCUUGCAAGAGCAUCACUGUAAAUUAUUGCUGGGAAAUAUAGUUGCUUUCUUGAUUUCCACCAUGUGUGUAGUCAAGCAUAAGGUGCUGGUGUACACUAGUAGCCAUCUUGGAUAGGCCUGCAUAGGCACUGGCAGUAUCCAUAAACACAGGCAAUGCCUGACUUCUCAGACUUGGCAUUGAUGAAUGCUUUGCAAGAGUUUCGUGAAGUUUCUGACAAGGCUUGUGGUGAUAGGAAGGUCAGUUGAUGCUUCACACAUUCUGCAUGAAGGUCUCUGUCUAACCCAGUGUUCUUAAAAAUUGCUAGGGCCAUGGAAAUUGUUAAUAUGUAGUGACUUUUUUCCUAGAAAAUGUAUUUAAGUGCAGUUCUCUCAUUGCCUGUUUAGUCCUUUAAUAAUUAAAGCAAUUGAACGGCAGCAAGGCAUAUUUUUUCAGCCUUUGACUGAUUCAGGAAAGGGCAAUUUCACGAAAAUGUCAAUCUACAGACUCAUUUUCCAUACUGUAUAUAGUUAACGUGGGCAUCAUUUUAAAGAUAAUUUUCCAAAGUUUAAUUAUCUGGCAACGGUUUUUCAAAAUAGCAUGUUACACAUGUGUAGAACAGAUUUUACAUAUGAGAAGUUGACAUGCAAGCUGACUCAGAAUUUAUCUAUUUUUAUCUAUCUAAUCUUCAUUUAAAGAUCUAUCCAAGAAAACAGACAAUAAUGUAAUGACCCUUUAUUGAUAAGUUUGUCUCAUUUGGUAAAUAGAGAAGAAAUUUUGUUAGGAAUAAAAUCAGGUGAGUUAAGGAUAAUAAAGAUUGGUUUAGCAUGUUUUGUUGGUCACAAAAACACAUCCCUCUCCCACAAAUGAAAAGAAAAAUCUAAGUGGACUUCUGCUCGCCCAGUGAGACUUACUGUCCUCCUUGUGGACUUUCCAUAGGCAUCAGGUUGACUGCUUUGAGAACAGAAUGCCGGAGUAACUAGGCCUUGAGUGUGAUCUAGCAGAGCUCUCCCUUAAGUUCUUAUGCUGUGUUUGUCCUUGGGGGCAUGGAAGAGGAAAGGGAAGGGAAGUUUCAGUGUGUGCAACCAAAAGUCCUUGCACCAGCAGAUGCAUCAAGGUGCAGUUUGGAAAAUUUCAAGCUAAAAAAAUUAAAUGGUGCAUUCAUCUUGCAAGCAUAAAUCUGUUUUUUCUACCUGAACUGCUCCAGAUCCAAACCUAAGGAAGCAGUGAUUUUUUGCACUCUAAAAUUCUAUUCCCAGUUUGGAAUCUUUUUGCAAGACGUGUCAGAUUUUUGAGACUUUAUGAGUAGUUGGCAUGUAUUGGGCUCUGUACCUGAUUAUUAGUCUUAUGGGUGGCCUGAAAUAUCUUAUUUGUUGAGGGAUGCACUUCUUAUCCUUUUCCUAGGGAGAGAUUUACAAAUACCCUGUAAUCAGAUUUUUGUGAAGUUAUUUUUCUUAUGGUGAUUCGUGUUUUUUUUUUUACAAACAAGUUAGAGUGACUCACAGUACCUUUAAAAUUAUAGAACAAAGCAUUUCAAAAAACACAAAUAACCCAUAAAAAUAGUAAAAGUGUUCAUCAACAUGCCUUACAUUUCCCAUGUAUGUAUCCAUAAAUACCCAAAUAUUGUCAGUGAAGCUUGAGUGUGGGGCUGUGUUUUUAAACACUCUGCUUAUUAGCUCUAUGGUAUUGUUUACUUUUUUCUUUUAUUGUAUCAUUCUUUUAAAAUCAUUUUUCCUGUUCUAUUUGUCUUUUUUGAGGUGUAACAGUCUACUCUACUUAUGUAACAAAAAUGAAAUAAAAGGUAAAUACUCUGCUAAUUGAGUUUUGUUUUUUGUUUCUGUAUGUGCAGGUUAUUGCACUUAAGAAUGAACAUUGAAGAUAAGCUGGGAGGAUUGUUUCUUAAAUGUGGUAGUAUAGAGCAAAUGCAGUCAUCCAGGGCUAUGGUUGGAAUGGGUGCUGCAUCUGAACAGUCGGCAGUUCCUGUGGAACGGCAGGAAGCAGUGCUUCAAGACCGGGCUAUGGCACACCAGGAAAUCCUUUCUGCAGAAGAAGUGCUACAGGAAAGUGAACUUCGACAGCAAGAAAUGAUCCCACACGAUGAACUCAUGGUCCACGAAGAGACGGUGAAAAAUGAUGAUGAGAUGGAGGGGCAAGACAGGCUUCCUCAAGGGCUUCAGUAUGCAGUCAAUGUCCCUCAGAUCAGCGUGAAACAAGAAAUUACAUUUACUGAUGUAGCAGAGCAGCAGAAAAGGGACAAAAAGCUAAUACGAGAGGGUUUAGAUAUGCAAAAGAAGAAGAAAAGGAAACAGCGGUCACCAGCAAAGAUCCUUACAAUAAAUGAGGAUGGAUCACUUGGUCUGAAAACUACCAAAUCUCACAUUUGUGAGCAUUGUCAUGCUGCCUUUAGAACCAACUACCAUUUACAAAGGCAUGUCUUCAUUCAUACAGGUGAAAAACCAUUUCAGUGCAGUCAGUGCGAGAUGCGUUUCAUUCAGAAGUACCUGCUACAGAGACAUGAGAAGAUUCAUACUGGUGAGAAACCAUUUCGAUGUGAUGAAUGUGGCAUGAGAUUUAUACAGAAAUAUCACAUGGAAAGGCACAAGAGAACUCACAGUGGAGAGAAGCCUUAUCAGUGUGAAUACUGCUUGCAGUUCUUCUCAAGGACUGACCGGGUGUUGAAACACAAACGUAUGUGCCAUGAAAACCGUGACAAGAAACCCAACAGAAGUGCCACCAAAAUUGGCCUUUUGACUCCUGAUGAUGAUCAAGGCUUCCCUAUGCCUUUGAAGGACAGCUCUUUGCCAAAGAAGAAAAGGCAAAAAACGGAGAAAUUGAAGUCUUCUGGGCUAGAAAGAGAAAGCGGGGCAGAUAAAUCUGAGCAUAAGAAAGAUAAGAAUGAUUUUUUGCCUUUGUAUGCUGGCAGCACUAAGAUCAAGGAUGAGUAUAUGGUGGCUGAAUAUGCAGUGGAGUUACCACAUUCUUCCGUCAGUGGAGGGCACCUACAAGAAGCAAAUUCUGGAGAAAUACACCCACCUAAACUGGUGCUCAAAAAAGUUAACAGUAAGAGGAGCCUAAAACAGCCACUAGAGCAAAGUCAGACAAUUUCAUCUUUAGCAUCUUACGAAGACAGCAAGGUUUCUAAGUAUCCCUUUGAUCUUGUGGAUAAACAAGGCCUGUUGGACUCUGAAGGCAAUGCUGACAUUGACCAAGUUGAUACUUUGCAGGAAGGCCCCAGUAAACCUGUACACAGCAGCACAAACUAUGAUGAUGCAAUGCAGUUUUUAAAGAAGAGGCGGUAUCUCCAAGCAGCUAAUAGUAAUAGCAGAGAAUAUGCCUUGAAUGUAGGCACCAUUGCCUCUCAGCCUUCAGUCACACAGGCUGCUGUGGCCAGUGUCAUAGACGAAGGUAACACAGCCUCAAUACUGGAUACAUCGGGGCUGAAUGUGGAGAUUAAAGGCAACCAUGACAAAAAUGUCAUUCCAGAUGAGGUACUUCAGACUCUUUUAGACCAUUAUUCCCAUAAAGCUAAUGGCCAGCAUGAAAUAGCUUUUAAUGUGGCUGAUACGGAAGUGACCUCUAGUAUAUCAAUCAAUUCUUCUGAGGUGUCAGAAGUCACACAAACUGAGAAUGUUGCAACAAGCUCUCAAGGUUCCUCAUCCGAUAAAGCCAGUAUGUUACAGGAAUAUUCCAAGUUUCUUCAGCAAGCUUUGGAUAGAACUAGCCAAAAUGAUGCCUAUUUGAACAACCCAAGCCUUAAUUUUGUGAGUGAUAACCAGACUCUUGCAGGGCAACCAGCAUUCUCUUCUAUAGACAAGCAGGUCUAUGCAUCUAUACCAGUCAACAGUUUUCGAUCAGGAAUGAACUCUCCAUUAAGAACAACUCCAGACAAGUCUCACUUUGGACUUAUCGUUGGUGAUUCCCAGCACUCUUUUCCCUUUUCAGGUGACGAGCCAAAUCAUUCUUCCUCAUCCUCUACCCAGGACUUUCUGGAUCAAGUUACUUCUCAGAAGAAGGCAGAAGCACAGCCUGUCCAUCAAGCAUAUCAAAUAAGUUCCUUUGAGCAACCGUUCAGGGCUCAGUACCAUGGAGCAAGAGCUGGAAUAUCAUCUCAGUUUAACACUGCUAAUGGGCAGGUGAAUCUGCGGGGACCAGGGACAAGUGCUGAAUUCCCAGAAUUCCCUUUGGUGAAUGUAAAUGAUGCUCGAGCUGGGAUGAACUCUUCACCUGAUGCCACAACAGGCCAGACAUUUGGCUAAGAAAAUCUGUAGAAAUAACACGGGCACUUUAGCAUGGGUCUGUCAAGAGCGAGCAUCUUCUGUAUAAGAUGGAGUCAGUCCUAUACAAAUUUAAGGCCUUGGGUUGCAACAAAAAAGUAAGCUGGUACAGAGUAUUGGCAACUGCUUUUUGUGUGUGUGAUUAGUCACCAUUCUUUUUGAAUUGCCUUAUAUGUGGGUGUCCACUGAAAAGGCAGGUGGUUAUUUGCUUGCUGGAGAUCAGGAGCUUGCUAUGUUGAGAUUUUAUACAAGACAAAAGAAACCAAAAAACCCAGAUAAGAUGUCUCUCCUGUAAUAAUUUCUUAGUUUGGUAACAUUGAUUAUUUUGGGGAGAAUGAUAAUUAUGAGAUUAUUCAUUUUGGAUUUUCCUGGUUAGUUCGUCAAGCCAUUGCACUUCAGCAGGGAACACAAAUAUAGACUGUACAGAUAAUAUGAACUUAAAAGUUUUAAUGUCAGGAGAUGAUGGCUAGACAACUAUAGUGCAUUCUGAGGGGAAAUCUGUUUUAUCAACUCUCUUAAAAAGUAAUACACAUAAUAUUCCUUCUUGGUUUCUUUGAAUUUCCUUUUACAACACUUAGAGAUAGGUAAUUAUGUUUUCUAAAUGCACUCCCCUAUUUAAAUGUCUGAUUCAAUUAAAAGUACUUUAAAAGGAAAAUACUUACUAUUAAUGCAUUUACUUCAUUCCUGAAGUAUUGCAUAUUUCUUUGUACCUUUAUGUUUUUAUCUCCAAAUGACAGGUAUCAAGAUGGUUAGGAUUGAACUAAAAUGCUUUGUAGAUGACAUUCCCAUUUCCAUAAUGUUUAUAUGAAUGGUGAACUCCAGGUUUUAAGAGUUUAAAUUGUACUUCAGCCUACAAAUCUGCAAUAAUUAACGUUAGAGCACUUAGAUUCUUUUCAAUUUUUCUUUCUUUCUCAAAAAUAAAACUAUUUUAGACCUUUAGGUUUGAUGUGGCUGCAUCAUUAUCACCUUACAUAACAACAGAAGGGUUAUCUUAAUGAACAAUUUCAUUGGCAGUUUUACCAACUAGAGCUGGUGACUGAGAACAGUGACCAAAAGAUCACUUUUGCUGCAUUUCACAAAUAAAUUAACUGCAAACUUUAUCCCUAUCCCCUGUAGUUGUUUUAAUAGUAGACUGUCUUGAAUUACACUGUGUGGUGCAAUGAUUAGUUCUGUAUACAGUUUUAACACGCCGUGCUUCGACUUAACAUAAAUGUCGGGAUAAUAAUAAUUUUUAAAAUUGAAGCUUUUAUUUUCGUUAUAUUGUAUUCACUAAUGGGCUGCUUUAAGGUAAUAUUGCAGGCAGUGUUUUACCUGAAGGCUGAGCAACAGGAACGCAGAUAGACCCCCCCAAAAAACCCCUCACCAUACUCAACAUUUAGGCAGGGGAGAUGGGUGCAUGUUUUACAGCUUCAGGUCUGCUCACCACCUCUCAAAGAUAGCCCUAACGAUACCUCCUUCAUUCAAAAAAUUUAAGGAAAGCAAAAUUUCAAUUCCCGGAGAAAACCUUGUUUUAAUUAAAAUGGUACUCCUAAUUUUGGUUGCCAAAGUUCUCCUUUGUUUCACCUGUGUUUCGGACCCAUUUUAGAAUCUACAUGAAAGUCAUAGGCAACUACUGAGAACCCAAGACGCAUAUGCUACAAAAUGCCUUGUUUAUUCCUAUAGGUCACGAACAGGUUAAUUUUACAGGAAGGUCUUGUUCUAUCCCAUUACUCUACAUAAAUUGCCCAAGGAUUUAUUUCAUAGUACAGUAAGUAAAUGCAACCGUGGUACUGAGUCAAAAUAAGCACACAUGAAAACUUCUAAAUAAUGGAACUUUUUAGGUCUUUUUAGUUUGUCUCCUGCCCCACACCAGCACAGCUAGCACAUAACAUAUUUUAAUUUAAUUAAGCAUUCGUGGCACAGUGUUUGAGUGCACCACUAUUUGUACAAUUAACAUUCAGUUGUGCUUCAGAGAAGUAAACAGGACUGGCAAGUGAGAGUUGUGCACAAUUAGUAUCUAGAAGGAAUGGCUAAGAGUCUGUGUGUGUAUGUAGAUAUGGCAAGACAGUAAGGCCAGGGUGUAAAGGCUAUGGGUUGUAUCUUGUGUCCCACUCAUGCAAGUUUCUUUGUUCUGGGAGAGCUUUCCGUGAAUGGAAGGGCGAGGAAGUCAUUUUUUUUGCAAACUCCCCUUUCUCUCACAACCCUUGUGUCCUCUUCCCUUGCUGUUCCAAAGGGACCCCAGCCCUCUGGAGGAGAUUGGUGGGGGCCAGAAGGGACUCAGGUGAAAUAAAUGAAAUGGCCUUCCCCUUCUUCAUUCAUUGGAGCACCAACUUCAUCAAAGAACCAUCUGUGAGUGGAGGGGUACAAGUUGAAUAUAAUCCCUACAGUGAGAAGACAAGGAGAUGCUUCUCUGAAAGUGUCCAUUAUGAAAAAAGUGAGCAGAGAGGAAUGGAAGGAACUAUGGCUAGGUUCCAAAGUGUGUGCAUGGCCAAGCAUUUCCAUAUUUACCCUUCUGAUGGCUGCCUUUGCACUGCAUUGAGGGAGUGCUGUUUUAUAGCAUUCCAACAUUUUUAGAGGGACUUACUGGGAACACGAGAGGCUGUAGCUGAGGAGAAGCAUUGGCAAGCGAUGGAAUAUAAUGAGCAGAACCUCCACCUGUGGCUCUUGAGGGUGCCCAUUGGAAUCAUGUAAAAACCUGUUCCUAAGUUGCUUUUUAGAAGAAGAAGAAAUGACACAGAUAUAUCUUAAGCCUUGUCAGUUAUAAUACAAACCUAUUUUAUACAUGCUAGGAGACAGUGUUAAUAGAAAUACUUUCUUAAUAAUGCUUUUUAAAGUGUAUUUAGGAAAUCUCUGCUAUGGUUCUACAGUCCUGUUAAGCUCAAUGUUAUGUUUGGAUUCAGUUAACUUAAACUCUUUGAAACUAGACUUCAAUGCAAACAUGCUGCUUAAUUUUCUCUAUUUUUAAUGGCUUAUAUUUUGGGUGACUGCUGGGCCUGAGUGUCCCUUUUAACACUAAUUUCCUGUUCCUUUAACUUUGAAUAUAAAGCAAGUUAAUGAAGGAACUGACUUUUGAGCUGAAAGCUGAAGUAGCUCCUUUUCCUUCUCUUCGUCUUAGUUAUUCAGAGUAAACAAUUGAUCAAAGAUGAUAUAUCCAUUUAUUAGAAGAGAAACCACAUCAUGUACUGCAGUGUACUCUAUUUCUGAAGAAAAAUUCAGAAGGAUUUGUUUUUCAUUUAUAUGGACCACCUCUUCAUGCCUUUUUUGAAAUUAAUUUAAGAGAAUUAUUACAGACUCCCAGGUAUUGUAGGUGGCCAAGGUUUUUGAGAGAAGGAGCAGUUCAGAGAAAGUACAGUGAAAGCUUGAACGUUUUAUUAUUAAUGAGGAUGCUAAUCCCUACACAAUUUCUCCUUGUUUCUUCAGUGGCGUAAAGUCGUGUAGUCAAGGUCUUAUGAAAGUAUGACUAUAACUUUAAUCAAGCAUAUUGCAGAACCUAUGUACAAAUACUGCGAACUAAACCACAGUUGUCGAAAUGAAUGAAAUGCAUUGUAAUGUCAUAUGCCUGCUUUUGUUGCUUAUUUAUUUUGUGAUUUUAAAGAUGGGUUUUCAAGUCACUAGUGAAUUACUGAAUUUUUAGUAUAGCUGUUUGAUUUCAUUUCCAAGUUUCUGGCUUGUUUCCUGAAAAAUUUCCACUUGGAUACAUACAGCAUAUUCCAUGUUUCUUUAGAUUAAUUUUUUAUGAUGUGUGUAUCAUAUUUCGUAAAUAUUUGAAAAGGAUCUAAAAUGGAUCCAGGAUCAGCCUGUUUGAGUAUCUCAGUAUUAACUUGCUUUGUAUUUGUAAAAUUGCAACCUAAAAUUUUGUUGGGUUGACAUUGAACUCUUUCGCAAGUUGCAGGGGAGUAGCUAUUAGAAUAUAGUUCAAAGCUUUAGAAGGCAGAAACGUGUUAGUGAUCUGGGUAUUUUGGUUGGUAAAAAUUCAAAUGUACGUUUUCCAGUUAUUAUUAAUAAUAAAACAAACUAUUUUUAUGUUUUCUUAAAUUCUGCUCAAUGGAAGCCUUGUGACUUUUGGAGAUGCUUUCCUUUUAUGUUAAGUGCAUGUUUGUUAGGUAUAUGUAGGACAUUUAAGUACUCCUUUUGCAAAACAAAAAACGAAAACAUGUCCUGUGAAAGUAUUGCAAUGAAUGAAAACCAUUAUGUUUUUUUUAAAAAAAUAACUUUCAUUAUUUCCAAACAACUUUGUUUCAGGGAAAUUUUCUAGUUGCUUUUGCUAUACUUAUAUAAAAUCAUUGUUUCAAUAAUAAUUUAAGAGAGAGACAGUCUUGUAGCGAACACAAACCGAAGCAAGCAAACCUUUCUCAAAGUAGUUUCUUGCUUUCUUUUUCCCAGUGAAUGGAAAGGUAAAAGAAAAAAAAGUGUAAAUGUUUAUUUUAUUUUUUUAUGCAAUAUUGUUCUGUAAAUAUGAGUUACAAAUAAGGAUGUACCUAUGAUUGAAUCUUUGAUUCUGCACAGUUAGAGUUUAUAUAUGAAAUAUAAAUGUGUCUUGACAAUCAAGGACUUACUGUCAGUCUUCCUUUAUGAUGUUUUAUUAAUGUUAUGCAUUCCAUUUGUUAGACUUGAGUACAAAUGUGGGAAUUUGUAUUGUCUGUAAAGUAUGUAAUGUUUUUACAGCUUGUUUCAAAAAAAAGGAAAAAAGAACCUUGUAUAUAAACAGAUCACAGUACUGCUUUAUAUCGGGAGGCAUAUGAUGUACUGUAUGUAAGCAAUAAUGCCUAACAGUGCUAACUUUGCAAGUAGCAUAAGGAAAGUUCCAAAAACUGUUUGGGGAGUUAAUAGCUUUGAUUAAGUUAAUGGAUAUUCUUAAUUGUUUUUAAUCAAUAAAUUCAACUGUUUUUUUGGUUUGUAGUAUAUAACAUUGUUUACAUAGCACAAUCUGAGUUUCAGGGAGAGCAGGCCUUAGAUCUGCACCUGUACACACAUUCAUGAUGAAACUAAUGGCUCAGAUGAGCUUCUGCAAGAUGAGUUAGUGUCCUUAUUUUUGAAGGAAGAUUAAGGAUUUGCUCCUCCAGUUUCCGCACCAAUUGAGUAAGUUUGAAAUUUAAUUUUAAAUCCUUAAAUCCCAGUAUAGUUUGGGUAUAAAUCAGGUUCACGUGAUACAAAAAGUGGUUCUUGUUCAUAAUUCACAUUGCAGUUGAACACUGAGUCAUGGUUGAUUUUGAUAUAAUUUUGCCAUAGGGAUUUAACAGCUGCUGAGAUGAGCUUUAUCCGGAGUUCAAGCAAAACAAAACCAAGUCAAAAAGUUUGAACAAUGCUUUCAGACUGUACAGAGCAACAUAAUUAUUUGAAAACUAUCAUUGCUUUGGUGGGGAAAGAUCGCCGAUUUAUAAAUGUAUAUGACCUACAUUUUAUAGGAAGAAAUGUUUUUGAAUGCUAGUCAUUUAUAUAAUAUGUGCUUUGAAGGAUUUGCUAGUUCACUUCUGUCACUUUUAGUACACUGGUAUCUUUUUAUAUGUAAUGUAUGCUUUUUAUUAUUGUAGCAAAGCAUUUCAGUAGAAGGAAUUUUGCAACAGUGUUCAAGGAGAUUUUAUUGUUGGAAACUAAUUAUACUGGAUUCUGUCUCUGUAAGUUUUAUCUUUAUUUUAACAAUGUCAGGAAAAGGACCUUGGUAUUCAAAUAAACCUGAUGAUCUGCUCUU